AUGGCGAGAAAGCGUUUCGAAGAGAUCGUACGAUUCUUGCAUUUUAGUGACAACAGUCAUGCUGACGCUGUCAAGUUCAAGACGUGGAAGAUCAAGCCUGUCGCCGACACGAUCAAUGCAACGUUCAAGCUGGGGAUGACGGUGGGGCAACGAAUCCCCUUUGACGAAGGAAUGAUACCGAUGAGGAGCAAGUACAACCCCUUGCGGCAGUAUCUUCGAGGGAAACCCCACCCAUGGGGCACUAAGUGCUUCUUGACGUGCGAUGCAAACAGCGGAUACUGCUACGGAGCCGAGAUAUACCAAGGAAAGCUCAACAGCGACAGUGCAGACCUGAACCAAGGCCCCAACGCUGUGAUCCGUAACGUUGAAGAGGUACUUGAAGGUCUACCAAGGCGUCUGAUUAUCACCGACCGUUUCUACUCAAGUGUGCUGCUUUCUUCUAUCCUUCUACAACGUGGAGUCUACCAUGUCGGCACCAUUCAAACGAACCGACGAGGUUACUAUAAAGACACCCCAUACAAGCAAGCUAAACGACCAAAGACGAUGGCGAGAGGAGUAUACCCGAUUGCCCAGUCCAAGACUGAGCCGAAUUUGAUUGCAGUGUCCUGGAUGGACAACCGCCCUGUGCACUUUAUCGCGACUGGGCGUAGUACCCGGCUGACAACCCUGUCAAGACGCGCGGGUGCUGAAGUGGUUGACGUGCCAGCUCCUCAUCUCGUGAAAGACUAUCAAGAUGGCGUGGGAGGAGCAGAUAUUCACCACCAGCUGCGUUUGCAAAGAUACUCAAUUCAGGGAGCGAUGAAAAGGAAGAAAUAUUACCACACAAUCUUUCUUGGGUUAGUUGACAUGGCGCUCAUCAACACCUACAUCAUCUAUCGACGUGUUCAAGGCAAUCUUGCUCCCGGUAAAGCACCUCCGACACAUGCUGAGUUUCAGCGCCUGAUACAGACUGCACUAUUCAACAUUGGACCGGCUGACUUUGCAGGAGACUUGUCAGCUGAAGCAUUGGCAAACACCCCGGUGUCCCGCUCGUCAGCUACACGCUUCCAGCACAGCACACGACUAAGCAAGCGCCGUCAAUACGGCUGCAAGGUGUGCUUGUUGCUGCGUCCAGGCAAGAACCCGUGGGAAACCACGUUUUACUGUGUGGAGUGUUCUGAAGUGAGGCUGCGGAGCGUGGAUGGCGAUAACGCCAUUGGAAGAGGGGAGGUGUAUCUGUGUCAAAAGGUGCGGCAACAUGAUUCAAGUGGACCUACAAACUCGACCACCUGCAGUCAGAUAUGGCACGACCUUUGGCGAGGAGGAGCGAACAUUCCUCCCGGUCUCAAGGCUAUUCGGCUGCGUGCUCCUUCCAUAGCAGAUGCCCAACUUCCAGAUGGAGGUCUGGAGGGUGAUAGUUGUUGCGAGGACGGUUCCAGCGUCGCAUCGAGUAGUAAACGAAGCAAAGCGAGCGCUGUGAAUGGAGGAUGUUCUGCAGGGGCUGUUAGUGAAGUGGCACAUACCACAAUGAUCUAA